UUUGGUUUCUUCAUCCAUUAGGAGAUAAACUAUUCAAAAUGAAAUUUUUGUUACUGGUUUGCGCUUUGAUUGCCUCCGCGGUCGCUGAUGUUAGCCAUUUGAGCAAUCAAUAUCUCCCACCUCAGCAUGCUGCCUCCGCUCCAGCACCAAGCUAUAGUGCCCCAGCUCCAAGCUAUAGCAUUGCAGCUUCUGCGCCAGCUCCAUCCUACAGUGUCCCAGCUCCAACCUACUCCGUCGCAGCCUCUGCACCCGCUCCGUCCUACAGUGCCCCAGCUUCAACCUACUCCGUCGCAGCUUCUGCACCAGCUCCAUCCUACAGUGCCCCAGCUCCAUCCUACACCGUCGCUGCAUCUGCACCAGCUCCAUCCUACACCGUCGCUGCAUCUGCACCAGCUCCAGUCUACUCCGUUGCAGCCUCUGCACCAGCUCCAUCUUACAGUGCUCCAGCCCCAAGCUUUAGCGUAGCUGCGUCUGCUCCAGCUCCAUCUUACAGCGCUCCAUCUGUGUCGUAUGCCGAACCUGAAUAUGCAGCCUCUGAACCAGCUCCAGCUCAUAGUUUCUCCUCAGCAGAUGGUUACCGUUACAAAACUCAAAGGCGUGUUGUAUAUCGUCAUCGUCAGCGCCGUGGCGCUCCUUCAAGCGAAUACUUGCCGCCAGCAGCUUCUUCUCUCUCAUCGGAAUAUUUGCCUCCAGCAGCAUCCGCUCCAGCUCCAUCAUACUCUGCGGCCCCUGAAGUAUCCUUUGCACCAGCGCCAUCUUAUCAAUCGGAAUCAUACGCCCCAGCUGCCUCUUUCCAAUCAGCAGCAUACGCCGAGCCGUCCUACGCAGAAUCUGCUCCCGCUCACAGCUUCUCUUCUGAUGAUGGCUACCGGUACAAAACUGCUCGUCGCCGCGUCUAUCGUCGUCGCCGAUUCUAAACUAUUCAGAAGGAUCAAAACGAAAACAUAAUCCAAGAUGGAUAAUAUUUUGAAUUUGUCGUCUGUCGAGAAUAUUAUGAUAUAAAAAUAAAAUGUUUCUUUAAAGACAAUCUUUGACAAAUUUUAUUUCUUUUGAAAUAUUUAAGAUAAUGAAUUAGGGAAACAAAAUAGGGAAGCAGUUAUACAAGCAUCAAACAAUAGGAAUAGCCACCCAACCUCUAGAGAUCUGCGUUCUGGAACUGGAGACGAAAAUUCCCCAUUUACAUUAUCCUACAAGGUGGCACCUGUGAGGUUGAAACUAUUUCUAUUUAUACAUUAAGUUAAAUUUUGCCUUGAUUGAGAAACUAGAGAUUCCUUGUUACCAAGUUCAAAAAUUUAACUUCCUUCUGCCAAUUGGCUCUACUAAUCCAUCUAUAUGAUGUAUUUUGUCAGUCUGU